CACACACACACACUUCACUUAACAAAAACACACUCCCAUUAAUCAAAUCUUGAAAAACUAAACCUCAUUCCUCACUCCACAAACCCCCCCAAAAAAGAGUACAAACAAAAUUACUCAAUGAAGAAAGAAAUGCACCACUCUCAUGCCUCAAAAACCUUGUUGUUAUCCACCACCUUCCUCCUCCUCCUCCUCAACACCGCCACCGCCACCGCCACCGCCGCCGACCAACCGCCACCCAUCUCCUCCCACAGACACCUCCUGUCCUACAACGGAGACCCCCUAGCAGCGGACCCCGUCCUCGACUUCGAAAACCCACGCCUAAAAAGCGCCUACAUUGCCCUCCAAGCAUGGAAAGAUUCCAUCCUCUCCGACCCCAACAACAUCACCGCCACCUGGACGGGCCCCGACGUGUGCAACUACACCGGAAUAUUCUGCUGGCAGGCCCCCGACAACCCGUGCGAACGCACAGUCGCCGGAAUCGACAUCAACGGCCGCGGCAUGGCCGGACACAUCCCCCACGAGGUGGGCCUCCUCUUCGACCUAACCCUAUUCCACGCCAGCUCCAACCGCUUCUGUGGGACUCUCCCACAAAGCUUCACAAACUUGAAACUCCUAUUCGAGCUCGACCUAAGCAACAAUCGCUUCGUCGGGAAGUUUCCGGAACCUAUCCUCCAAUUGGCCAGCCUCAAGUACCUCGAUAUCCGUUUCAACGAAUUCGAGGGUGAACUCCCCAGUCAACUCUUCGAGAGAAGCUUUGACGCUCUUUUUUUAAACGACAAUUCUUUCUCUUCGAAACUACCCGAAACUUUCGGAAAUUCGCCCGCUUCGGUUAUUGUUAUGGCGAAUAACAAACUCGAAGGGUGUGUUCCUCCAAGUAUGGGCAAUAUGGUCAAUUUAAACCAAUUGGUGCUAGCGAACAACCAAUUUUCGUCUUGUUUUCCAAGCGAAAUCGGGAAAUUGAAGAAUUUAACGGUUCUUGAUUUGAGCAAUAAUCAAAUUGUGGGCCCGUUGCCUAAUAGCAUCGGGGAUAUGGAGAGCUUGGAGCAGCUGGGCAUAGGGAAUAACAUGAUGUCGGAGAAUAUCCCGGCGAGUAUAUGCCAACUCCCUAAACUGGCGGGGUUCGGGUUCGGUGGCAACUACUUCUCCGAGGAGUCUCCGGUGUGUCUGAACUUGCUGAAAUUUGACGAUAAAAUUAAUUGCUUUAGAGGGAGGCCGGAGCAAAGAACCACUUUGGAGUGUCAAAGGUUCUUGGCUCGAAAGAUUAACUGCAGCAGUUUCGGUUGUCCGGCCUUUUCACCCCCAACCGCACCACCCUCUGUUUCGUCACCCCCACCGGGGAGUCCUUAUCCCCUGCCUGCACCUCCACCGUCAAACCCUACACGACCACCGUGCACGUGCGUACAGCCACCUCCAACAAAUUAAAUGCAAGUUGAGAAU